AUGUCUUUGAAACAGGAAAUCGAGACCUGGGUGGCAGCACUUGGCCACUACGAUAAUAAUGAAUUCGACGAUGCGCUGAAGGAGUUUGAUGGCAUCUCAGACACUUCCAAGAUUCUCUUCAACUGUGGUGUGAUUCACGCUACGUUGGGAGAGCACGAGAAAGCGGUCGAAUGCUACCAACGAGCCGUACGUUUAGAUCAAUACCUGGCCGUAGCAUAUUUUCAGCAAGGUGUUUCAAAUUUCCUAGUUGGCGAUUUCGAGGAGGCACUGGCGAAUUUCAACGACACACUACUAUACCUGAGAGGAAACAACAUGAUCGACUAUGCUCAACUGGGUCUUAUGUUCAAGCUAUAUUCUUGCGAGGUUCUUUUCAACCGUGGUCUAUGUUAUAUAUAUCUCCAACAAAAGGAGGCUGGAAUGCAAGAUUUCUCUUUUGCCGUCAAGGAAAAGGUAGUCGAGGAUCAUAACGUUAUAGAUGAGGCCAUCAGGGAGGAAGCGGAGGCAUGA